GUAAAACUGAGUCAGUGCACCAGAGCGCAAAGGGAGUAGGAAGAAAUUGAAUUGUAUAUAGAGGGACCACUCCUCCUCCUCCUCCUCCUCCUCUUCUCCUUCCUUUCUCUAUUUCUCCCUCCCUCCUUUCUUUAUGGUUGGUGGAACCACGCCUCCCUCCUUUCACGCUCCCGUGUGUCUAUAUCAGCCGGCUGUCUGUCUCCUCUCCCACUCUCCCACUCGCACAGAGAGGGGACAGAAGGUGGACAGAAGGGGACAUAGAGGGACGGGGGCGGAAAGCGGGACAGACAGCUGGAGUGGAACAGAGAGGACGUGUGUGUGUGUGUCCCCGUGUGUGUAGGGGGGGGGGACAGGUGUUGCCGUCCUCAUUGCGUGGACGCUCAUCCUUCGGAGACCAGUGUGUGCUCCACUACUGCUGAACAGAGGAGAGGAGGUUUGAAGAUGGCAUUGAAGUUUUGCUUUGCUCCUGAGGAAAAUGUGGCUGCUGGUGUGGCCAUGACACGUGGAGGUUGUCUUCUUGACUGUGUUGCUUGAGUUGGUAAAAUGGUGGAGUAUGAACGUGUGGCUUCCCAGACUAGAGGUCCCCAACCCACGAGGUGCAGUGACACCAGACCAGAGCUGAGCUGAGCUGAGCUGAGAGGACGGGAGACUGCUGGCCAGAGCCAUGGCAGGGUGCCGCCUGUCUGUCAGCAUCCUCUUCCUCAUCUUCCUCAUCGCCGAUGGGUCAUCGUACAUCAGCGGGCAGAGAUGGAAAUCACGACUGCAGAGGGAUCGACGGAAUGUCCGACCCAACAUCAUCCUCAUCCUUACUGAUGACCAGGACAUUGAGCUGGGCUCCAUGCAGGCCAUGAAUAAGACUCGUAAGAUCAUGGUGCAGGGCGGGACCCACUUCACCAAUGCGUUCUCCACCACCCCCAUGUGUUGCCCCUCACGGUCCUCCAUCCUCACGGGGAAGUACGUGCACAACCACCACACCUACACCAACAAUGAGAACUGCUCCUCUCCAUCUUGGCAGGCUCACCACGAACCACACACCUUCGCUGUGCACCUGAACAACUCUGGCUACAGGACAGCCUUCUUCGGAAAGUACCUGAAUGAGUAUAAUGGCUCCUAUGUGCCCCCGGGAUGGAGGGAGUGGCUGGCACUGGUGAAGAACUCGCGUUUCUACAACUACACCCUCUGCAGAAAUGGCAUUCGCGAGAAGCAUGGCGAGGAGUACCCCAAGGAUUACCUCACAGACCUCAUCACCAAUGAGAGCAUCAACUACUUCCGCAUGUCCAAGAAGAUGUACCCCAACCGGCCCAUCAUGAUGAUGCUGAGCCAUGCAGCUCCGCAUGGGCCUGAGGAUGCAGCCCCGCAGUACAGCAACGCAUUCCCCAAUGCCUCCCAGCACAUCACCCCCAGCUAUAACUACGCCCCUAACCCUGAUAAGCACUGGAUCCUGCGCUACACAGGCCCUAUGAAGCCAGUGCACAUGCAGUUCACCAACAUGCUGCAUAGGAGGCGCCUGCAAACCCUUCUGUCUGUGGAUGACAGCGUGGAAAAGGUGUACAACAUGCUGGUAGAGACAGGAGAGCUGGACAACACCUACGUCAUCUACAUGUCUGACCAUGGCUACCACAUCGGCCAGUUUGGGCUGGUCAAGGGGAAGUCCAUGCCCUAUGAGUUUGACAUCCGUGUGCCCUUCUACGUCAGAGGACCCAACGUGGAAGCAGGUGCUAUAAACCCACACAUCAUUCUGAACAUUGACUUGGCUCCAACUCUGCUGGAUAUGGCUGGAGUAGAUGUGCCUGUUGAUAUGGAUGGCAAGUCCAUCCUGAAGCUUUUUGAAACUGACAGACCUGUCAACAGGUUCCAGGUCAACAAGAGCAAGAAAGUAUGGAGAGACUCCUUCUUGGUGGAGAGAGGAAAGCCGAUGCACAAGAUGGGUGAUGGGAAAGAGGUGGCCCAGGAGGAGAACUUCCUGCCCAAGUACCAGCGUGUGAGAGACCUGUGCCAGCGCGCGGAGUACCAAACACCGUGUGAACAACCAGGGCAGAAGUGGCAGUGUUUGGAGGACAGCACAGGGAUGAUGAGACUGUUUAAGUGUAAGGGGGUGGCUGGCCUGUUCUCGCCCCGCGCUCAGGGCCUGCUGGCUAGCCGCACGGCUAACAUCUACAGUCCUUCCGCGCUCUCAGACAACUGUGACUGUGAAACCACACCUACGGUCAAGAGGAAGAAGCUGCUGACCAAACGCAAGAUGAAGGCCCGUAAGAGUGUGGCUCGGAACCGCUGGGCCCGCUCCAUCCCGCUCCAGUGGGACACCAACCAGUACACUCUGGACCUGGAGAAGGGAUACCGGCCUGUGGGCCAAAAGAACACAAGCACGGGGCCCGUGAUCGGCCAGCAGGAGGAGGAAGAGGGCUUCAGCGGGAUGGGGGAAGCCACCACCUCUCCCUCAGCUGGAAACAGUCUGUCUCCAUCCACAGCACUCAAAGUCACCUACAGGUGCUCCAUAUUGAUGAAUGACACCGUGAGCUGUGAUGGAGGCUUGUACAAAUCACUGCAGGCCUGGAAAGAUCAUAAACUCCACAUUGAACAUGAGAUCGAGACCCUGCAGACCAAGAUAAAGAACUUGCGGGAGGUGAAAGGCCACCUGAAGAAAGUUCGACCGAAGGAGUGCAACUGCAACAAGGACAUGUAUCAGCCCCCAUACAAGGAAAUGUUCCGCCUGAAAUCAGGUCGCUUGCAGUCUCUCAGAUUGGCAUCUAAGGAUAAGAAGCAGUGGCUCUUGAAGGACCAGAAACGCAGGAAGAAGCUGAGGAAGCUGCUCAAGCGCCUGCGGAACCAUGACACCUGCAGCAUGCCCGGCCUCACCUGCUUCACCCAUGACAACCAGCACUGGCAGACCGCCCCCUUCUGGACAAUGGGUACAUUCUGUGCCUGCACCAGUGCCAACAACAACACAUACUCCUGCCUGAGGACCAUCAACGACACUCAUAACUUUAUUUUCUGUGAAUUCGCCACGGGAUUCCUGGAGUACUUUGAUCUUAACACAGACCCAUACCAGCUGAUUAAUGCAGUGAGUACACUGGACAGGCAGGCCCUCAACCACAUGCACCUGCAGCUCUCAAAGCUACGCGGGUGCAGGGGGCACAAACAGUGCAACCAAGAGACAGGUGUGAAAGAACGCAGCUAUGUCAAAGAGUACAGGCCACUUCACCGUCGAAAGAGGCCAAAAUUGAAGAAACAGACGUCCAAAUCCAUGGGUCAGAUUUGGGAAGGAUGGGUGGGUUAACCUCACAUCUGCCUCUCCCUUCAUCACCUGGUGGGCAUUCAGUGGUGAGGAAUAAGGAUGGGUGAACAGCUGAGGACCCUGUACAGACAUCCCCUCUCUAACUCCACCACCCCCACCGCCACCAUGCCGUACUGCAUCAGAGCUGCAUCAGAGGGGCCUCACAGGUGGGGGGGGAGCCGCUGCUGUUCCAACUGCACUGCCACUAGACAGCACUGUCAACCCACAUGGUGUGGACAGGAAUGGCUUCUCUAUCCUCUGAUGUCUCAUUUUCAUACAUAGGCAAACACACACACAUACACAUACCCUUUUUUUAUUGUAAUAUUUUUUCCUCAGUCAUAAACAUUUCAGGAUAUUCUUGUAUUCUCUCUGUGAUGUUAAAGCAGAUUUUGUUUUGUUUUCCUGAAAGACUGUGCUCUGUAUGAUCUCCUCAGCAAGCCAUUUCCAUCUGAAAAGCACUUUUGUGGCUAUUUUCAUUGACACUGCAUAAGACACAGACGAGGGGCUGAAAGUCCACUCUCAAGUUGACCAUGCGUCAUUUGAUGUAUUUUUUACUGUAGAUACUCUAGCAUGGACUUCAAACUGAACUACUGUGAAUGGUAUGGAGAGACACUCUUUAUUUCCCUCUAUACAGGAAUGUAAAACAGGUCUUAUUUUCGGUCUUUACUCAGUGAAUGUUUUGGUGUUGUUAGCUGCUCCACUGCAAGUGAUCAAACAUCAGUGUAUCAUUUCCAAUGUCCUCUGUAGUUUGGCAAGAAUCCCCCCACUAUCAAAAUACCUUUGAGCCCAUCACUGUGAGGAAUACACCGUGUUUCCCCCUCAAGUGCAUCAACACAUCUGGAAACUCAUUCAAAGGCCUGUGUGGAGGCCCGCGGAAGGAAGAAGAGCCUCCGAGCAGCCGUCCAACAUCUCACCAUGAGCAGGUCUUGCGCAAGGACUUGGUCUGACAUUCAGUCUCACUGCUCAGCAAAUGAUGAAUUGAUGUGGGAGCACAGCGCUCUUAAGAAGCAUCCGGAAAAGAUGGUCUCACACUGGGAACUUUGCAUCCGUUCACAGGUUGCGCAGCUGAGAGGCCGAUUCUUGACCUUGUGCCCAUGAGGCCUGCAUUGAGUUUUUGUCUGAGCCACGUGGGAUUCCCUGAAAGACCUGUGUAAAGUGGUCUCUUUGAUUUAACCUUUCCGUCAAUGCUGACAUGAUUUCACGUUACUGGAUAAUUUACACCCGUUGUCAUUAUCACCAUCACCAAAUCUGGCCCUGGGGUGGUAAUGGCCCAGACAGCCGCUAACUUUGGAGCAGAUUUGGCUCACGUCCGAUUCCAUGCCAGAUUAGGGCCAGAACUGGGCCAGAACUGGGCCAGAACUGGGCCAAAUCUGCUCCAAGGUAAACUGAGCUGCUCACUGGGAAGAUAUUUAAAAAACCAACAAACUGCUGUACAGUGCGUCUUUGAAUUGAUGUUGAAUUGUGCAAUCCAUGUAAAUGUUUUGGCAUUUUUUACACAACAUAAAUGUAGGACUUUUCCUCUCAAGGUCAAUAAUGUAUGUUUAUCUAACGUGAAUCAGUGAGUGUGUUCAUUUAGAUUACCCAAAAUAAUGAAUGCUCUGUCUGAAUGUCUUUCUUCAAGAGCAUUUGUAUAACGUACUAGAUUUGUCCUUAAACCAUACCUGAAAAUAAAAUAGCAUGACAUAAUGUGUAAUGAGUGUGUCAUACAAAAAAUAUUGCCAUGCGUGUACAGUAUUAGUUCCUCCUUUGUUGUAAUAAUGACUGUUCUUGAUAACAGGGAAUGCUGAUAGUAAAUAAAAUAUGUAAUUCCAUUA